GAAUCUGAAGCUACCUCCUCCACUGGUCCGGCUGUCGCUCGUGCUUACUACACAGCCGAAUGUCGGCUUGAUUUUGACAGAACGCGCCAUUUGACUGCUGCCUCCUGCGCUGAAAGAACUUCACUACGCCGACAGCUAGAGCAUAGGCUGCUAAGGGCUCACCGCAAGCGCUUAGCUGCAUUGGCUGCCGCAGAGGCUGAGCGUCUAAGGCAAGCUUCUUUGGCUGAGGCGAAAAUGCGUGCAGACGCCGCUCAGCGCCAGGCCAAGCGAAUGGCUAGGGAGGCAAAGAGAAAGGAGAAGUUAUCGUGA